GGAUUUUUUCUUGUAAUUGCCAUUCUACAUUUCCCGCCAACAUGGCAAAUAUGGCGGAACUCGUCCCGUUUCCCGCCAAGCCCUCACGGACCUCUUGUAUGGCGCACCUCGGUUGUGUUGCGAUAGAAAUUAAUUGUGUUUUCUCACGGUUUUUUUAAGUUUCCCAACGAAAAUGGGACAGUCGGACGACGUUGAAGAUUCUACUUAUAGUAGACAUCAAGAUUUGUGUCAGAAAUUAAAUAUGGAUGCGACUGCUGCAGCCGAAGCCUGGAAAUCUUAUGAAACAAUCAGACAAAAUUAUACUCUUGAGGGUGAUCAGUUACAUUGGAUUGGAUGUGCAUUAUACGUAGCAUGCCGUAAGUCUUCUAUACCUACUGUUGGAAAGACUGGUCCUAAUGUGGAAGGCAAUUGCGUGUCAUUGACACGUUUGUUACAAUUGUGUAAUCUUCCAUUGAUACAGUUCUUUACCAAAAGUAAGUCUUGGGCCGAUAUGGCCAAUAUGCCACAAGAUUUUCGGUCGAAGAUAGAGAAACUUGAAGGGAAUUUUGCUGUUUCUAUGGUUAUAUUUAAAAAGUAUCAACCAAUAUUUACCGAUAUAUUCAAAGAUCCUGAGGAUGAUAUUUCAAGACCACCUAGAUCUAGACGACACAGGGCAAUGCCUUGUACACCUGGCAGAGUAUUUGAAUUUUGUUGGACAUUAUUUAUUUGUAUAAAGGGAGCUUUUCCAGAUAUCUCGGAUGAUUUAGUUAAUUCUUAUCAUUUGCUUUUGGCCUGCUGUGAUUUUAUAUAUAGUAAUGCUCUGUUGGCUAACAGGAAGGAUCUUUUAAAUCCUAAUUUUCCUGGUUUGCCACCAAAUUUCAACGAUGAGAAUUAUACUCCUCCUCAGACUGCAAAUUGUAUAAUUAAUUUGUUAUGUGAACGUCAUGAAGCUAUCUCAGUUGAAGCUAAGGUCAUUAAGGAAUAUUAUCUGCGAAAUCAUAUUAAUAAAUUAUUCAAUGAAAGAGUGUUGCGUGGUGAUCAGUCAAAUUUUUCUGGUAUUCUGGAAGCUUUGAAUUUUGACGGCAACAGCAAAGCUAUUAAUAAAGUAUAUGAACAACAUGUACUAAGUGUUGGAGAUUUUGAUGAAAGAAUUUUUUUAGCUGAUUGGAGAAGAGUCAGAUUAAAUGGAGUAUCAAGUUUGGAAAUAGUAGGAGGAAAUAUAGCUUAUCAUGCUAAAUUAUCCAAACAUAUUUCCAUAAAAGGUAAUGAUGCUAGUAAUAAUAUUGGUUCUCCAACGCAAAUGAUGAAUGUUGGUGAUCUUCAAGAACAGUUUCAAAUGAAAAGGGAGCAAUAUAGUGGUCAAAUACAGCAUUUAGCGCCACCUACUCCAUUAACUGGUCGCGGUUAUCUUAAAUCUAAAGAUAUCACUAAUGUGACACCGGUAACAACUGCGACACAAAGUGUAAUUCGCCUUCAGGCUAUGUUAGCGGGUCAAACAUCACCGAGUGAAAACCUGUUACAAAUUUUAAAUGGUUGUUCUCAAGAUGUAAAGACACUGGUUGAAUCAAAAGUGAAAGAAAUUGGGGAACAAUUUUGUGCUAACUACAACAAAAGUACAAACGCCAAUGAAACCACUUCAGAUUUUGGAAAGAAAAGACUUUAUUUAGGACAAACUCUUUUCUACAGACUAUUAGAAAAGAUUGUAAAUGACGAAAAACGCAAGAAACCGAAUUACGACGUGACGAAUCUUCUAAUGAACGAAGUCUUCAUUCAGUGUUUAUUCGCUUGCUGUUUAGAAAUUGUCAUUUAUUCGUAUAAAAGCAACGACAAAAUCUUCCCAUGGAUUUUAAACGCUUUGAAUUUAGACGCCUACUAUUUCUACAAAGUCAUAGAAAUUAUAGUCAGAGCAGAGGAUCAAUUGUCGCGCGACGUGGUGAAACAUUUAAAUCAAAUAGAAGAAAAAAUUUUAGAAUCCCUUGCAUGGAAAAGUGACAGUCCAUUAUGGAGUGCUAUUCAAUCCACACCAGAAGGCGUACCAAGCUGUGAAGAAGUUUCUUUACCCGGCACGUUAGAAACAGUCGAUCCAAAUAUCCCCGGUCAACCAGCGUUAAGAAGAAUUGCUUUGGACCGCGGUACUCACCACGACGUACAACAAAGUCCCAUUUCUUCUGCCUCCGAAAGAUUUCAUUCCCCUGUUGCGGCAUCCGGCGCAAUUAAGAAACGUCUGUUUCCUGAUACCAGAAUCAGUGGACAGAGCGUGUUACGAGUAGCUGGACAAAACGUCCUACCGUCGAAAGUUUUAAUCGAUAGUAAUUCAAGGAUCCUUCUAUUACCUGAUCAAAUCACGGUCCCAAGAUCGUCUGGUGUUCAAGCCAGCAGUUCGCCUAUGCAAACUGUGACCGUCAACAGGGAACCAGCGAGACCAAAACGAACUGGUUCCGUAGCGCUAUUCUUUAGGAAAUUUUAUAAUCUUGCAAGCGUACGCAUGUUAGACUUGUGCGGUUCGUUAGAAAUAAUGGAUAUCGAUUUGAAGAAAAAGAUAUGGACUAUCUUCGAGUACUCGAUCAAGGAUCGGACGGAAUUGAUGAAGGAUCGACAUCUCGAUCAAAUUUUAAUGUGUGCAAUUUAUGUGAUAUGCAAGUUAGCGAAAAUGGAAAAGAAUUCGUUUACCGAAAUCAUGCGAUGUUAUCGAUUACAACCGCAAGCUGAGUCUCACAUAUACAGAUCGGUACUUAUAGCUAAAACACCUUCGGACGAGUCGCAGAAAGCUAGCGAAGAAAGCGGACAGAAAGAUGUAACGGAUAAAGAGCCUAAUGUUGCACCUCCUACACCUACAAACAUGGCUGGAACUUCACAAAAUUUCGGUGAAGAAACGCGUGGAGAUCUGAUCAAAUUCUAUAACACGGUAUACGUGCCGCAGGUUAAAGAAGUGGCAAAUAAAUUGGGACUAGCACGUGGUAGCGUAACCAGUUUGUCGUUAAGUCCAUUGCCAAAAGGGAAACCUCCUACGAGUUCUCCUGUGAGACGUGUCACCAGUAGCAUCAUGACACGUACAUUAGACCCGAAAGCUAUUUCAGCUUCUCCGGCACCACAGCUUAGUUAUUGUUUUAGUCGUAGUCCUGCUAAGGAUUUAGAGGCUAUUAAUAAAAUGAUGAUAUCCGUCGAUCCAAAGCGAUCUGUUGGAAAACGACUUUUGUCGGAUGAUACUGACGUAGAAAUGACUGAGGCGACAUCCCCUGCUAAAAAGACGACUGCCUUUGUCGCUCGAAAAUUAGAGAACAUCAUUGGGGAACGACGCACGCAAAACCAAUAAGAAAUUUAAUCGACUGUUAAAUAGGUUAUUGAGAACUGAAUAUUAGGCAACGGAAAGAGAAUCUUCGGAAGACAUUUUCGUUUUUAUUGAACAAAAAUCGAUCGAUAUUAACGAGUAGGAAAAGAAGCCGUUUUUUGAAGUCGAAUAUCUGUUUCUUGGCUGUGUAGCUUAAAAUAAACGAAACGUUCGCUUCUCAGGUAUGAUCAUAUUAGAAACUGAAGAAAGGCCUGUAUAAUACCAGUAUAAUAUCGUAUACAAGGAUACGAUGUUGUUGUAUUGAAUAAAGUCAGAAUUUCAUUUCCAGUGCUUAAAUAUACAUAUUCUGAAGGUGAUAAUUCCUAAAUAUCGAUAAAAGUAGAAUAUAGCGAGCAUUCUCUUGAUGUUUCAUUUUUAAAUAUUUUAGAGGUUGUAAUAUAUUUUAUAUCCAUUGCUAUGUACCAAUAACAAUUUUUAAUAACCUUACAAAGUAAACAAUAAUUUUAAAAUCGCUCUAAGUUUGCUAACUGUUGUUAAAUACUGCGUUGUUAUUAAUGUUAGGGAUGUUCAUUAAAUAUUCUCAUUUCACUGGAAAUGAUUCUGACUUUUAUUGAUAUCACAGAUCAACGGUAUUUUGAUAGAGCUAUGUACUCUCUUUAAAGUUAUAUAUGUGUAUAUAUAUAACUUAUACAUAUGUACGAUGAAUUUUGUAAGAGGUACGGCCAUAGAUGGUAAAAGAAUACUAUUUUUACCGGUAGAUUUAAGCAUGCUGCAAAGGCAGUGAAUGCUCGACGCAUGCAAAUACAAUUUGGGUGAUAUUUAAUUAAAGUUAUUAGGCUUAAGUUUCAAUUUACAAAAUUUCAACGUUUAAUCAAUUGUAUUCUUUGGUCUUGAAUGUAAUAAGUUAUUCGCGUUUCUCGAGAUUUCAUUCGUCUCACGGUACUGAGACCCUCGAUUUCCGGCCACGUGUCAACGCGUGUGUAUUAGAUUUAAGUGUAUUCUUUUCUUUUUUUUUUUCAAAUUUGACUUUUGAUCUCAUUAAUCUGUCUUUUAUUACCAAACAAUACAUAUAAAUUACAAAUAUUAUUGUUAAGAUUAGAAUGACAUUGAAAUGACUUAGAACUGGAAAAGGUUCUUUCUUUGAUAAAUGUACAAUACAAAACGAGUUUUCAGACGAAUUUAUAAGUAAAAAUCGAUAACAGAAUGAUACAAAACAUUUAAUUUUAUCAUCUACGUAACGAUUUUUUCAAGUAACGUAUUUGUAUGGUUCUCGAAAUAGGAGGAUAAUUUCAAUGAGGAAGAGAUAUUGUUUCUCGUUGCGCAAUUACGGCAGUUCCUCUAAUAAUUUUUUUUAAAUGAAAUAAAAAUGUAAAGAAUUUUAUUGGCAUAUAAUAAUUAUUAAAUAGUUUAUCUGUAUAUAGUAUUGUAAUUCGAAAGUAAAUCAAAACAAAUAAAAUUCGAAAAUUUAUAUUUUAUACCCGCUUUUAGUGAAACAUUGGCGGCAUUUCCUUUGGAAUCUACUAACGAAAUAAUCACAUUGUAGGUAAGGUAAAGUAUAGAGAUUUAUAUAAAAAUUUAUUUAAAGAAAUAAAAAUGUGUUUGCUUGUA